AUCCUUGAGAAAUUUGUGUAGUUUUUGUUGCACAGAGAAAUGCUGAAAUUUCAAGAAACUGCUAAGCAUGUCACUGUUGCCAGAUUUAAUUCUGCUUGCUCAGAUGCUGUGAUUGCAAGAAGAUACACUAUUCAGAGGAAACUUGGCAAUGGAAGCUUUGGAAGUGUGUAUUUGGUUAAUGACAGAAAAGCAAAACAAGGAGAAGAAUUAAAGGUCCUAAAGGAAAUCUCUGUUGGAAACCUAAAGCCUAAUGAAACAGUUGAAGCAAAUCUGGAAGCACAACUACUCUCCAAAUUAGACCAUCCAGCCAUUGUCAAAUUUUAUGCAAGCUUUGUGGAGCGAGAUAGUUUCUGCAUUAUCACUGAGUAUUGUGAGGGUGGAGACCUAGACUUUAAAAUUCAAGAGUACAGAGAUUCUGGGAAGAUGUUCACUCAAAGUCAAGUAAUAGACUGGUUUAUACAGCUGUUACUCGGAGUCAACUAUAUGCAUGAAAGACGGAUACUUCACAGGGAUUUGAAAGCCAAGAAUAUAUUUUUGAAAGAUAAUCUUCUUAAAAUUGGAGACUUUGGAGUUUCUUGUCUUUUGAUGGGUUCAUGUGAUCUUGCAACUACUUUUACUGGGACACCAUACUACAUGAGUCCAGAAGUACUGAAGCACCAGGGAUAUAAUACAAAAUAUGACAUUUGGUCUCUGGGAUGCAUUUUGUAUGAGAUGUGCUGUUUGAACCAUGCAUUUACUGGACAGAAUUUUUUGUCUGUUGUGUUAAAAAUUGUGGAAGGUGAAACACCUUCUCUUCCUGACAGAUAUCCAAGCAAACUGAAUGCUGUGCUAUGCAGCAUGUUAAGUAAGAAUCCCUCAUUGAGACCAGCAGCAGCAGAGAUCCUAAAAUCCCCUUAUAUUGAUGAACAACUACAGAAAAUACAGUACAAGUUCACAAACAUGACUGUGAAAGACAAGGCACUUAACUGUCAGAAAGAAUCUGCUCCUAUUUUUGGUGCUGUGCAGAAGAAAGUUCAUUUGCAAACUCUGCAGGAACUUUCUGAAGUUCAGAAAAUGACACCGCGGGAACGAAUGCGGCUGAGGAAGUUAAAUGCUGCAGACGAGAAGGCAAAGAAGUUGAAGCAGCUGGCAGAAGAAAAAUAUCAAGAAAAUAUCAAAAGAAUGCAAGAAUUCAGGUCCCGUAAUUUUCAGCAGCUGAAUGUCAAUGUUCUACAUGAAUCUGCUGAGCAGACUUCAAAACACCUCAUUCAUUCCCAGCCAGCCACUAUGGGCAACUAUGUGUCCACAGGACAGGAUGAACCAAGAGGGAAUGGGACAAGUGAACUCAGCGUGUCUGAACUUACAGACCACGAGAUCCCUGAAGACCCAGAAAUUGCAGAAGAAUAUUAUAAAGAUGAGUUUGAAUCCUGUUCAGAAGACAGUGAAGAGGAGGAAGAUGCAGAAUUGUCAUGGACAGUCUCUAGGACAAAUUACCAGGACAGUGAUAUGGAGGCAAUGGUUGAGUAUUUGGAGAGUGUCCUGAAUAGCAGCUCAUUGGGCUCGAGGACUGUCACCAGAGUGUCUCCAGGGGAGCCCCGGGGAUUCAGAGCUCUCAACAGCACAAUGGCUGAGACCAAGCUGAAACGCAUGAGGGAAUCUGCCAUUGGGAAGCUGGGAGUGGAGGCAUUUGAGGCAGUGUACAGCUGCCUCAAGCAAGCGAGACAGCAGAAUGCCAGUGAGGAGGAGCUCAGACGCUGUCUGGAGAAACUGGUUUCUAGGGCAAGUGAUUGCUUCGAAGUGGAUCAGCUGCUGUACUUCGAGGAGCAGCUCCAGGCUUUAGAGCCACAUCUCCAGCUGUAACAGUGUGUCUGCAACAGCCAGGAAUGGCACCAGGGGGAAGGGACCUCCUUCAGGCCAGCAGGCAAGUACAGGAGUAUCGCCAGCUGGGGGACAAAUCACCAACAGGACGGGACUGCCAAGGAACACAUCUCAAGCUGUUUUGUUUUCCAGCAUCAGUCUCAUUACAUGGUUAUGACAAUGGGAAGAUGCCAGCAGCUCACAUGUCAGGCAGCAGACAAAGAACUUAAUGUUACAACUUACUUUAAAAGUUUUUUGACCAAUCACACAAAGCAAAAGCAUAUUUACAGUAGUUCUGUCCAACCACUAUAAGCACACAUACCUUUGGUUAAAACAAUGUUUCCUUAUUUCGAAUACAAUACUGCUUGUAAGUCUUAAAACACAAUGCACAGAGCUCUAUUAUUAAGCUUAGAACUUUCUAAUAUAUUGCUAGAUAUACUUUUCUGCAGCUUAGGGAGUUAUUCUAGACAAGCAUUAAUACACAGACCAUUGUUCUAUUUGUCCUUACUUUUCUACUUCUUAUAUAAUUUUGCUGCUGACAAAUCUUAUGGCUACUGCUUAGCUGUAAUUCCAGUUCUGCUAUCUUUGAGGCCUGCCUUUUGCAGCUUUCCCAAAACCCUCUGAUUUUAAAGAUUCUCACACAGGAGGUAUUUGUAGGACACUGCUGAGGGUAAUGUAGUACCUAAGCAUGUGGGUAAGCUCCAUUUGAGAGUCCAGACUGCAGUGAGAAGUGGGUAAAUAUGGCACUAAUUUAAGGGGCAGGAAGAGGAACAAAUGUCUGUGACAGUGGAGGGAGGAUUCACAGUUACCUGUGUCCCCUUCUUCUGCCACUUAAAGCAAAGGAAGGGUGCUCUGGGCUGUGCCUGGAUGCCAGUCCUGCACUCAGAGCAUCACUGGCAAAGCUGCCUUUGAUGGAAUGAUGCAGGAUUAGACUCCAGCUGCUGUUGAUUUCUGUGCUAACUCAUCCUUGUGAUACUUAUGCCCAUAAUUUUUGUAAUUUGGCAGAUUUACUUUUAAACAUAUAUGUAUAUGUACGGCCACUCAGCCCCUAAUUGUCUUGUUAUUAUUGAUUGUUCAAAAGGGCUGCAUUAAAUCUGAGCUUCAAAGGAACUGUGGACAUACAUACAUACAUGUGUGCAUAUUUAUAUACAUAUAUGCAUGCUCACAUACACAGAGAUAGGUGUGUAUGUUCAUAAUGGCAGAAGUAUGUCUGGUCAUACACUGUACUUGUCUAAAGAGUUUCUUUGCAUUAAAUUCAUUCUUCAAAAGUGGAACAAUAAGCUGAUUUUUUUUCUGCA